GAGCAGCAGUUGCUGUAAGCAACAAUGUAAUCUCCCUAAAUGAGUGGCACACUAUACAAGCGACACGUACUGGAAAGGAUGGGACAUUAAUGAUCGAUGACGGUGACAUGAUAUCCUCGCAAGCUGUUGGGGGAGCCCAGGAGCUGGAUGUAGGUGAGGUUACUUACAUUGGUGGAGUACCUGCUUCUAUAGAUAUACCCGCAUCUGCCAGAGUUAACAGAGGCUACAUUGGCUGCAUUCGUGAUGUUCAGAUUCAAGGAAGCUUGAUAAAUUUAUCGGCAGCCAGUGAGGGGAAAGCUGUUGAAGACUGUGCACCAUCUAUAUGUAGUAUCCCAUCUACAUGCCCUGAUAUAGCACAAUGUGUUGAAGAUGAGACUGAGCCCAAUGGAUAUCGAUGUCAGUGUCCCAUUGGCUACACAGGAACGGAUUGUGAUUUGACAACAUGCGGAAGUUUAGGAGACAUACAAUGUGACAAUGGAGGAACGUGCUACACCGAUGCAACAGGACAGUCACUAUGCCUAUGUACUUACUUAUACAGUGGUCCAACAUGCUCAAAUGAGUUGAUAUUUACUCUACCUUCAUUCUCUGGUUUGAGCUACUUAGAAUAUCCUAAAGAAAUCAUUGUCAGUGACGGCGAUCCAACGGUGAAUUCUUUUAACCUAGUACUUCGAGUUGAUGAUUCAUCUCCCAAUGCUCUAUUACUGUGGAAUGGCAAAUCAUCAACAACCGAUUUCAUCUCUCUUGGGAUCUACAAUGGAACGUUGGAGUUCCGAUACAACCUUGGUAGUGGCAUUGGUCAGGUUGUGGCAGACACAGUUCCCAUGGUGGAUAAUUCUUGGUAUAAUGUUAUAGUACAAAGUGUUAAACCAGCAGAUCACAUCAUGUUGAGAGCAAAAAUAAACAAGAGUUAUUACCACUCAACUUCCAAUGUUCCUCUAGCAGCUGUUACCGUUAAAGAUAUCCUAGAUUCUGUUGUUGAAAAAAUACCGGAUAAAGAAGCAUACGUGUUUCCAGUUGAAAAGAUACGCCUAACAUUUGCAGAAUUACAAAUGCAAGUGAACGCCUUGGCAACUGGGUUUAUCAACAUGGGGUUGAAACGAGGGGAUACGCUGGGUAUCUUGUCGUCACGUGCACCUGAAUAUGUAUUGGUGCAGUUGGCCGCUGCACAGAUUGGAGUGAUCUUAGCAAGAUUCCACAUUGGCUUAACGCAUAGAAUGGAUUGUGAGAUGACAACAUGCGGAAUUUCCGGAGACAUACAAUGUGACAAUGGAGGAACGUGCUACACCGAUGCGACAGGACAGUCACUAUGCCUAUGUACUUACCUAUACAGUGGUCCAACAUGCUCAAAUGAGUUGAUAUUUACUCUACCUUCAUUCUCUGGUUUUAGCUACUUAGAAUAUCCUACAGAAAUCAUUGUCAGGUUGUCGCUAACGACAACUAAUAUGUAUUCAAGUUACUUACAGCUACUCUUUGGCGUCGGGGGAACCGGUGCCAGAGUUAAAGAGCGGUAG